CACGGUUCCCCGUGGAGGAGGGGCUGGCCCGGCUCGGCGCGAUGAUGUGAUGGGAGGGGGCGGUUGCUGCAUCCUCGGCUAGGUAGAGCGACAAGAAAGAAGCAGGAAAGAGAAAGAGGGAGGAAGGAAGGAAGGAAGGAGUGCGCGCAGGGCAGGAGUGAAGGCGGCGAUGGGUCACACUUGCAGAGUUUGCCGGCUGAUUCUGACCCUGCCGGUUCUAACUCUGAUUUCAUUCUCCCAGUUCUCCGGUUGCAGCGGUGAAUCCAGGAAAGGUCCGAUCCCGAAAGAGAAUCUCUUGGUUUUCACUGUUGCCACCAAGGAAACGGAUGGAUUCAAGCGCUUCAUUAGAUCUGCAAACCACUUCAAUUACACGGUUAAGGUGUUGGGUCUGGGGGAGGAUUGGAGUGGUGGAGAUGUGACUCGUACUGCAGGAGGAGGGCAGAAGGUUCGUUUUCUGAAGGAAGCCUUGAAAGAGCACGCGGAUGCAAAGGACCUCGUCAUUCUGUUUGUGGACAGCUAUGAUGUGAUAUUUGCUUCAGGCCCCAAAGAGUUACUGAAGAAGUUUCAGCAGACAAAGCACAGUUUGGUCUUCGCUGCUGAAGUCUUUAUCUGGCCCAAUCGUCACCUCGAGGUCAAGUAUCCCCACGUGCAUGAUGGUAAACGGUUUCUCAAUUCUGGAGGAUUUAUUGGCUUUGCUCCUAAUGUUUACAAACUUGUGGAACCCUGGGACCUGCAGGACAAAGAUGAUGAUCAGCUCUUUUACACAAAAAUAUACCUGGAUCCAAAGAAGAGGGCGAGUUUGAAUAUUACCCUUGAUCACAGGUGUCGGAUCUUCCAGAAUUUGAAUGGAGCGUUAGAUGAAGUGGUUCUGAAAUUUGAGGAAGCUCAAGUGAGAGCACGUAACCUGGUGUACGAUUCUCUGCCGGUCAUCAUCCAUGGCAACGGGCCCACCAAGAUGCAGCUGAACUAUUUAGGGAACUACAUUCCGAAGGUUUGGACCUUUGAAACUGGCUGCACAGAAUGUGAUAAAGACAACAUAAGUUUGCCAGAAAAGGGCAACAAAUUUCCCACUGUCCUCGUUGGGAUCUUCAUUGAGCAGCCCACUCCCUUUGUAGGGGAUUUCUUUGAGCGUUUAGCGAACUUGAACUUCCCAAAGGAAAACCUUCAAAUCUUCAUCCACAAUACACAACCUGAGUAUGAGAAGUAUGUGUGGCAGUUCGUAGAGGAAUAUGGGAUCAAGUAUCAGAAUGUGAAAGUGAUUGGCCCAGAGGAGGAGAUUGGCAAUGCAGAUGCUCGCAACAUGGGACUUGAUAUGUGCCGUCAAGAUGUGAUAUGUGAUUAUUACUUCAGUGUUGACAUCGAAGUUGUGCUGCAGAACCGUGACAUCCUGAAGCUUCUUAUUGAACAGAACAGAUCAAUACUGGCUCCACUGGUCAGUCGUCGCAAGAAGCUGUGGUCUAACUUCUGGGGGGCAAUGAGCGUUGACGGAUAUUAUGCCCGGUCAGAAGAUUAUGUGGAUAUUGUUGAUCGGCGGAGAAUAGGUGUGUGGAAUGUCCCCUAUAUCUCCAGCGUGUACCUGAUCCAGGGCACCUUGCUCCGGACAGAUUUGACUGAUGAAGAUCUUUAUCACAGCAAGAAGCUGGACACAGACAUGGCUUUCUGUCACAACAUCAGAGAGCAGGGAAUCUUCAUGUAUGUCACCAACAGGCACGAGUUUGGACACAUUCUCUCUGUGGCAAACUGUCACACUGGUAACCUCCACAACGACCUCUGGCAGAUCUCUGAAAACCAACAGGAUUGGGAGGAAAAGUACAUCCAUCCCAAUUGGAGCAAAAUCUUCAGAGAGAAAAUCUUCUUACAGCCUUGUCCAGAUGUUUACUGGUUCCCUAUUUUUACUGAACGAGCCUGCGAUGACCUCGUUGAGGAGAUGGAAAAUUAUGGGCAAUGGUCAACUGGAGGCAAUGAGGACAUACGUAUUCAGGGUGGAUAUGAAAAUGUGCCAACAAUCGACAUCCACAUGAAUCAGAUUGGAUAUGAGAAACAAUGGCAGAGGUUUUUAAGAGAAUACAUUGCACCUUUAACAGAAAGGUUCUACCCAGGAUACUACACGAAGGCCAACUCGUUUCUGAACUUUGUAGUGAGAUACAAACCUGAGGAGCAGCCCUCGCUUGAACCCCACCAUGAUGCCUCAACCUUCACUGUUAACGUAGCUCUAAACAGGGCAGGAGUUGAUUAUGAGGCGUUGUUUGACCUGGCCUUUGUAGUUAGAUAUAAACCUGAUGAACAGCCAUCUUUAAUGCCACAUCAUGAUGCUUCUACUUUUACUGUAAACAUUGCACUCAACAAGGUUGGAGUUGACUAUCAGGGAGGUGGCUGCAGGUUCCUCAGGUAUAACUGUUCCAUUCAAGCUCCUCGGAAGGGCUGGGCCCUCAUGCACCCAGGAAGACUGACUCAUUACCAUGAGGGCCUUCCAACCACCAGUGGAACACGAUACAUUGCUGUCUCUUUUGUUGACCCUUAAAGUGCUUAGCGUCUGAUUGCAUGCAGUGGAAGCUGUUACAAUGUCAGUUUGCAACAAACUUCAACCUAUUGUUCUUUAAGAUAUUACAGCAUGGACAGUUCACGUCCCUACUCUGUAUAUAAUGGUUAAUAAAUUUCUCUAGGUGCUAUGUUAUAAGGGGUAGUUACAUGCAGGUGCACUUGCCAGUUGUGCAAGUCCAGAUCAGAAUAAUCAAAUCCCAGGAAAAUGACACAUAACACAGAUAUAGGGGUCUACAUCCUAUAGUAACCUGACAGUAUAUGAUAAGACCAUAAGAUAUAGGAGCAGAAUUAGGCUAUUUGACCCAUCGAGUCUGCUCUGCCAUUUCAUCAUGGCUGAUCCAAUUUUUCUGUCGUCCAGUCUCCUGCCUUCUCCCCAUAUCCCUCCAUGCCCUGACCAAUCAAGGAUCUUGGAUUAAGAUCAAUGAAGUGGGAAUUUUGGAGUCCACCACAUCCGAUUACUUAUCAUAGGGGUGGUAACCAGGAAAUCCUGGAGCUAUGAGAUGACUCCAUCCAUUUAUAACCAUAGAGUGUGUAAUUGUGGAGCCUGGGCCCAUGCCAUCGUAUGAUCAGUGAGUUCCUAACUUGGGGUAUCCUGGAGGUAUACAACUCCACCGUCCUAUCAUAACCAGAGGAUAUUAAAUAGCAAUUAUGGAGGUAUAGGCCAUCUUUUGCAUAGUAACUAGCAGAUCUGAAUCCAAUAGAUGCUGGAGGUACAGCUGCCAUGACUCCAUGCGAUUUUGGUUUGAGUUGGGGGAGGGGAGGGAUCAGUCAGAUUCCAGCUGUGUGUCAGUCCUGGGUUUCAGUCUGUGCUGCUGAACCAGUGUGGUUGGAAUGAAAGAGGAGUGAAUAUAACUGGGUGGACAUGGCUUGACGGGAUAUCAUUAGCUGUGGUAUUUCAGUUUUCUGCUGAUGUUUGUACUCUUACCAUCCAGGGAGCAGCACCCCUAGAAUUGGGAUAGCAAACAAAAAGAUUUGAUUAUCACGUUUUGCAGGAAGGGUUCGGCAGUGGAUCUGCCUGCGCAUUGCACUUACUUUGCAAAUAACUGGUAUCAAAGUUUGAUUAAGCCAGUAGUACAAGAAAUCAUGAACUACCUCUUCACAUAAAUUUUGCAAGGAUUACAAACAUUGCCUCCUACAGCCACUGCUGCAAUGUGUAUAAAAGAAAUAAUUGCUUGUGAAAUGAAUGUUAGAUGUGCAUGGAGAAAGGCCAAGAAGUUAAUCUGGUUCUCUUUCUGUAUAAGCUGCCAAGCACCCUGUUAACAAUCCAUAAUUAGAAGCUUUUUGGUGUUUACUGCCUCUAGAUUCUCUGAACUAUUGUUCAGCAUUAAUACGUUUUGAGAAUAUUUCAAGCAUUGUGCAUACACUAUCAAAUAUUGUUUUUGCGUGCCGAUCUCUAGCCUUGGCUUCAUUUAUUACAGUCAAAGACUUGUCAA